UCGUUCCCCUAAAAUCUCUCCCCUCCAUUUUAGCCCUUUCACAGGCGCCAUCAGUUCCUCACCCACACAGCCCUUUAGAUCUGUUGUGCAAAAUCGAAAAAAAAUGAAUAGAUGCGGUUAUCAGCAGAAGGCCUUUAUGGGUUGUGUUGGAGUUGGAGAAAUUAGACGGGCAGAUAUCUCUGUCUCUGAUGGUCUUGUUUGCCCCAAACCUCGCCGGAAUGGGCUUUUCAACGAACCCAUCAGACCUUCUCGAUUUCUGCAAAUCAAUAAUCAGCAAAUGAAUGAUUAUGAUUUGAAAGCCAGAACUGAACUUCUGGAUAUCAUCCUCACCAAGGGGAGCUAUGAUGUGGAGAUGACCAAUUUUGAGAUGGAUUCAUCACCACCAUUCUUUUUUGGGUCUCCGCCCAGCAGGGUUUCGAAUCCCCUGAUUCAGGAUGCCCAAUUCGGCAACGACAAUUUUGUUCCUAUACUAGCAAUUCCAGAAGGAGCACCUUCACCACCACCCUCCUUUACUUCGACUUGUGGUCGUAAUAAUGGAGGCGGCUGUGUUCCAGUGAAGUUUGGGAUUAAGCCAGCUGCUGUGAGAAUUGAAGGCUUCAACUGCUGCAGCAGCAUCUCUGCUGUAGCUUAGGUAAAUCAUGUUGCAGAGAUGAUAAUGAAAACAACUACAACAAAGAAAAAGAUAUUAAAAAGUGAGGUUUUUGGGGAGAGAUGAGAAACCAAAACAAAUUCGUUUUAGUCUUGUAUAUAUAGAGUGAAAGAAAGAGGGUCACCAUGAGUUAUGUACGAUAUCCUGUCAUUCAAAUCUUGUUUGUGAAUAUGUUUAUGAGGUGAUGAAUGAGUGUUAAGUUGAGAUCGUAAAAACAAUAAACGGAGAAACCCAAAGUGUAGAGAGAGGCCAAAAAAUUGCCCUCUUCCUAUUGGGAUUGUUAGUUUUUUUCUUUUAAGCAUUAGGCUUAAGUUAUGUAAUGAGUAUCUACUGUAGUGUGAGAGACUCUUGAGAGGCUUCGUCUUUGUGACUGAAAAGUUUGUCGCUCUUGUCCUUCAUUGUAAUUGUAAUUCAAAGGAGAGGAGAAGAUGAUCGGCUUUUGACUAAUUCUUUUCAUCUUGUAUUUAUUCUACUAAUUGUGCUAAUUUA